UAUAUAAACAACCUUCUUCAAUGCUUUACCUACCAACUUAACAAUCUAAGGUGUAAGCUUUCAGUUAGUGAGAUUCACAAAGCUAUUCAUAUCCUUUGAAAAGGCUUCAAUCUAUCUCAUUGGUUCUUGAGUUUUGCAUUAACAUUAAGGAACUAUUUACAAUGGCUGUUUCAUCUUGUCAAUCUAUCAUGUCAAGUUCUAUGACCAACAUUUCUAGCAGAUCUAGGGUUAACCAGUUUACCAACAUCUCUUCUGUCUACAUUCCAAGCAUGAGAAGGAAUGUCAGCCUCAAAGUUAGAUCUAUGGCUGAGGGAGAGCCGAAAGAGCAAUCAAAGGUGCCUGUAGACCCAACUACACCAAUUGCAUCAACACCAACACCACAACCAGCCUAUACUCGUCCACCAAAGAUGAGCACAAAGUUUUCAGAUUUGAUGGCAUUUAGUGGGCCAGCACCCGAAAGGAUCAAUGGAAGAUUGGCUAUGAUUGGUUUUGUAGCAGCAAUGGGGGUGGAGAUAGCAAAAGGGCAGGGUUUGUCAGAACAAUUAUCUGGUGGUGGAGUUCCAUGGUUCUUGGGGACAAGUGUGUUGUUGUCACUUGCUUCACUGAUUCCAUUUUCUCAAGGGGUUAGUGUGGAGUCUAAAUCUAAGAGUAUCAUGUCCUCAGAUGCAGAGUUGUGGAAUGGAAGAAUUGCAAUGUUAGGUUUAGUUGCUUUGGCAUUCACAGAAUUUGUUAAGGGUACAUCUCUUGUGUAAUAGAUUUCUUGAGGGACACAUAAAAGGUCUAUAAAAUUAGUGGUUAUUAGAAGGCAAUCUAGGAAUUAUUUAUGUAUAUCCUUUGAGGUACUUGUUAUUGCCAUGUACUACAAGAGAAAGUGUAAUUGAACUCUCUUAAUACUUGAAAAGAGUUCCUCUAAUUUCUUCCACUGAAUACAUUUUUGUUCACUUUUGCUGUA